CGAGGAGCUGCGACCAUGAAGACCAAGACGCACGGCCACAACCGGUUCGUGAGGAUCAUCACGAUCCCCCUCAGGGCCCUGACCAAGGCGCGGGACCUGUACGUGCGGGGCCUGAACUACGCGGACAGAGUCGGGUACGGCAGCGUCGGGUGCCCGACCGGGCAGUUCUCCGCCAUGCCCCGGAGCUUCAGCGUGAGCUCGUCGAGGGCGUCCGGCGAGGCCGACGACCUCGGGGAGCUGGUGCGGGCCGCCUCCGCGAGGAGCUUCGGGGACAAGAUCGACGUGGACGCGAUCCUGCGGCGGCAGCAGCGGCAUCUGAAGCAGCGGCCUUCGUCGGACUGGGGGCCGAAGGUGCUGCCCAAGAGCUGCAGCGUCGCGAUGGGUCGGAUCGACGAGGAGGAGCCUUGCGAGUUCGGGGAAGACGAUGCCGUGAAGAAGGAUGAUCUGCUGUUUCCGAGAAGCAGAAGCUACGCUGUCGGAAACAGGAAUUACGUGCAUUGAGGAGAUGCAUCGCAAUUCAUCAAGAAUCACGAUCAUGGGAAGAACCAGAAAACGAAAAGAAAAACAGAUGACUUUCUUGUUUCAUCUUUGAUCUGCCCAACUGUUCCGAAGUGGGUCUUUGAGAGGCAGUGUGUUCGAUUUGAAUUUGAUGAUUCUCGUCUUGGUGUCAGUGUACAAAGGUCCCUACUUUUCUUUCAAUCUUAAGAAAAAGGUGUGUAUGCUUACUGUAAA